GCCGCCCCGCAGCCCCGCAGCCCCGCAGCCCCCGGCCCCUUUGUGCCGCGAGUCCCGGCGGCCCGGGCAGCGGCGGCGCCUGGGCAGAGCGGGUUUGGGGGAAGGUCUCUAUAGUAACGGCGGCGGCGGCGGCCGAGCGGCGGCUCCACUCCGGGAAGGGGGAGGCAGCCCCCGCCCCGGCGGCCGAAGGAUCGUGCCUGCCUUUGCCGACGUCGUGUGCUUGGGACCCUUGCCGCCGCCGCACGUCGCCGGGGAGGCGGCGAUGGGCAGUGCCCAGCUCCCGAAAAGCCCCGAUAACGAGGGGCGAAGUAACAGUACCGGCGGCAGGAGCAAAUAACGACGCUAAGAAACGCGCCCGAGGGCCCCGCGGGGUGGCUGCGGCCCAGGGAGCCCCCGCGCGUUCCCGGGGCUCGCGGGCCGCGGGCGCCGCCGGGCUCGGAGCUGCCCCGGAGCUGCCCCGGGCGCUGUCCUGCGUCCCAGGCUCGUCCGCGCCGAUUUCGGCCGGGGGUGCGCCUCUCUUGGCCUUCUCCGCUGCUGAUGACUUUCAUCUGCAGGUGGACUUUUAUAAGUAUUUGACUUUACUCAAAAUGUGCAAAGAGGAAUAAUGGAAGCACCUGAAUACCUUGAUUUGGAUGAAAUUGACUUCAGUGAUGAUAUAUCUUACUCAGUCACAUCACUGAAGACCAUCCCCGAACUGUGCCGAAGAUGUGAUUCACAAAGUGAAGACAGAUCAGUUUCUAGCUCGAGCUGGAAUUGCAACGUGUCAGCACUGAUUACAAACACGCAAAAGCCCACAGGAAUCGCGGAUGUGUACAGUAAGUUCCGGCCUGUGAAGCGAGUUUCCCCACUGAAACAUCAACCAGAGACUCUGGAGAACAAUGAAAGUGAUGACCAGAAGAACCAGAAGGUGGAAUACCAGAAAGGGGGUGAUCCCGACCCAGGCCCCCAACCUGAGGAGCUCAGCCCUGGAGAUGGAGAAAAUGGUCCCCAGAGUAAGAGCAGCGAGCCCAGCACCUUGCUGGGGGAACUGGAGCAUUAUGACCUUGACAUGGAUGAGAUUCUGGAUGUGCCUUACAUUAAAUCCAGUCAACAGCUUGCCUCUUUCACCAAGGUGACUUCAGAUAAGAGAAUUUUGGGUUUGUGCACAACCAUCAAUGGCCUUUCUGGCAAAGCCUGCUCUCCUGGAAGUGCUGAGAGCUCACCAUCCAACAUGACACCAUUCUGUGUUCUUUCUCCUGUGAAAAGCCCUCACUUGAGAAAAGCAUCCUCUGUCAUCAGAGACCAGCCAAAGCUCUCCACAGAAGAGUCUGAGAGCUCGCCACCUCUGGUGAAGUGUGGCUCUGCAUAUGAGCCUGAAAACCAGAGUAAGGACUUCCUAAACAAGACCUUCAGUGAUCCUCAUGGUCAAAAACGCGAGAAGGCAACGCCAGACUGCCAGCUCAGGGCCUUCCAUAUGCAGUCCUCAGCCACAGAACCCAAACUAGAAGAGCAGAUUGGGGGUGGGAACUGGACCAGCUCCCAAGGCCCGGAAGAAAGGAGUGAAUAUCUGAAAAAAGUGAAAAGCAUCUUGAACAUUGUUAAGGAAGGACAGAUAUCUCUCUUGCCACACCUCGCUGCCGACAACCUAGACAAAAUUCACGACGAAAGUGGCAACAAUCUCCUACAUGUGGCCGCAUCACAGGGACAUGCAGAAUGUCUCCAGCACCUCACGUCUUUGAUGGGAGAAGAUUGCCUCAGUGAGCGAAAUGCAGAGAAGCUGACUCCAGCGGGCCUGGCCAUCAAGAAUGGUCAGUUGGAGUGUGUCCGCUGGAUGGUGAGUGAAACCGAAGCCAUCGCUGAGCUGAGCUGUUCUAAGGAUUUCCCAAGCCUGAUUCAUUACGCAGGUUGCUUUGGCCAGGAAAAAAUUCUUCUUUGGCUUCUUCAGUUUAUGCAAGAACAGGGCAUCUCAUUGGAUGAAGUGGACCAAGAUGGCAACAGCGCGGUCCAUGUAGCCUCCCAGCAUGGCUACCUCGGGUGCAUACAGACACUGGUUGAAUAUGGAGCAAAUGUCACCAUGCAAAACCAUGCUGGGGAAAAGCCCUCCCAGAGCGCCGAGCGUCAUGGGCACACGCUGUGCUCCCGGUACCUGGUGGUGGUGGAGACCUGCAUGUCGCUGGCCUCUCAGGUGGUAAAGCUAACCAAGCAGCUGAAAGAACAGACAGUGGAACGUGUCACACUGCAGAACCAGCUCCAGCAACUUCUAGAAGCCCAGAAGUCAGAAUCACUCCUUUCCUCACCCAGUUCACCAUCCUCCCCAGCUUCCAGAAGGUCCCAGUGGAAACCUCCAGAUGUGGAUGAUGAGUCUGUAGCCAAAGGCAAACCAGGAGUCCAAGAAGGGAUUCAGGUUCUCGGAAGCCUGUCAGCAUCCAGUCGAGCUAGAGCCAAGGUGAAAGACGAGGAUUCUGACAAAAUUCUCCGCCAGUUACUGGGAAAAGAUAUCUCAGAGAGUGUCUGCACCCAGGAAAAGCUGUCCUUAGAAUUCCAGGAUGCACAAGCUUCCUCCAGAAACUCAAAGAAGAUCCCAGCAGAGAAGAGGGAACUGAAAUUAGCUCGGCUAAGGCAGCUGAUGCAGCGCUCCCUGAGUGAGUCUGACACUGAUUCCAACACCUCUGAGGACCCCAAGAGCACGCCUGUGAGGAAGGCUGACAGGCCCCGACCGCAGCCCAUCGUGGGAAGCGUGGAGAGUGUGGACAGUGCGGAAAGCUUACACCUGAUGAUAAAGAAACACACCUCGGCGUCAGGACGUAGGUUUCCUUUUGGCAUCAAGGCCUCCAAGUCUCUGGAUGGUCAUAGCCCAUCUCCCACCUCAGAGAGCAGCGAACCUGAUGUGGAAGCCCAGUGUCCCGGCUCAGGGACCACUCCCCCAAGUCAGCCCCUGGGAGACCCUACUCAGCCCAGCCCUGACAGCACUGCCGCCCAGAAAGUGGCCAUGAGCCCCAAGAGUGCCCUCAAGUCUCCAUCUUCCAAGCGCCGGACAUCCCAGAACUUGAAACUCAGAGUUACCUUUGAGGAGCCUGUGGUGCAGAUGGGACAACCUAGCCUUGAGCUAAAUGGGGAGAAAGACAAAGACAAAGGCAGGACCCUCCAGAGGACCUCCACAAGUAGUGAAUCAGGGGACCAACUGAAAAGGCCUUUUGGAACCUUCCGAUCUAUCAUGGAGACACUCAGUGGCAACCAGAACAAUAAUAAUAACUACCAGGUGGCCAACCAGCUGAAAACAUCCACGCUACCCUUAACCUCACUUGGAAGGAAGACCACAGAUGCCAAGGGAAAUCCUGCGAGCUCUGCUAGCAAAGGAAAGAAUAAGGCGGAGAUGUACGGCAGCUGCGUCACCCUCUCUUCUAACCUGCUGACCGAAGAGCCUCUGCGUAACCAUGCACGGCAUAAUGACAUCAGUAGAAAAAUGAAGAAAUCCUACAGCAUACAGCACAAUGCUGAGCCAGAGCCAAAAGAACUCUUCUUGUAAAUCACUUUUUUCUUAUCUCUCAUUCCCACCUUUUGGACACCAUUGGAAAUUUCUGGACUAUCCACUGUGGAAAUAGAAUCAUGAGAACAAUGUCUCACCAGCAGAAGAACAAUAUCAGGAUGCCUUAAAUUUAUAGUAGCAGACUAUAUAAUACACAUUUUUGGGUAUUCUAAGAAAUGCUGUUUCUAAAGAAAUGCUGUUUAAAAGCAUGAUUGGGCCAAUGUAUGUUUUUUAAGAUUGGAUUGGUUCAGCUUACCCACACGACGUCCGCCAAGCCACUGGCGCCAUCUUGUCUUUCAUCAGUUGCAUGGGUGUUUGCUAAUGUUGACUGAACUUUUGCUUUCCCAAUACAGUGGGCAGUUUGGGCUCUGCUCCUCAAUGAGACCAGGUCAGUGGUAUUGUUUUCUGUCAAGAGUGUUUUUUUCUGUCAUUUCUACUUUUUGUAUAAAGGAAAUAAAACAAUGUUAACAGCA